CUUGAAUCGACCUCUUGUUUCAUUGCGGGGUCGGACUGAGGGAAGAGAUGACGAACUCGAAGCUGCGCAUCCUGUGCCUCCACGGCAGUCGGACCAACUCGGACAUCAUCUCGAUGCAAAUGGCUGGAUUUCGCCAUGCCUUUGGCAAUUCGGCCGACUUUGUCGCGAUCAAUGCCCCAUUUCCUGCGUCUGGGCGUCCCCAGCAAAGCAUCAUCGACUUUUUCGGCGAAGAAGGGCCGUACUUUGAAUGGUGGGAAGCGUUUGAGCGGACCAAGAUCAGCUACCCAGGCUGGAAAAAAUCGUUACCUUUCCUGCAGAAUGUCGUCGCCACCCAAGGUCCGUUCGAUGUUGUGGUGGGGUUUUCCCAGGGAGCGUCCGCCGCGACGUUGUUGGCGGCGCAUUAUCAAGUCCAGAACCAAGGGAUUCCGUUCAAGGCCAUCGUGCUCGCAUGCGGAGUCUGUCCGCGAGAUGGGAUGCCGCCGGAGUUAUUGCGGGAACCUGGUACGACCAAUUACGGUUUGACGAUCCCAUCCAUCCACAUUAUGGGCGAAAAGGACGACAUUUACGAUCUCAGCCAAGAACUUGUGGAAACGUACGUGCCGGUGGGUCGUCGUGUGCAUGUCCAUGCCGACGGCCAUCGCUUCCCUCUUCCUUCUUCAUCCCGCCCACUGUACAAAGAAAUUGUGGAAGAGCUACGCGCGAUCUGCUCCAUGUCUCAGAAGUCUUCAUAAAUGACGUUUAUCUAGCCUCCAUGAACCUUUCC